AUGGGGCAGAGCGAGAGUACUCCUCAAGAUGCCCCUUCUGUGGAGACAAAAGCAAAAACUGCACCUCGUACUGUGCUGCUGUUUGUUACUGCUGCAGCAGCACGAGCAGCAGCAGCAGGAAAACCAGCAGCAGGAGCAGCAAGUCAUAAGAAGAGAGGAUCUACAGCCUCUGCAGGCACUGCAUCAACAGUAGAAGGUGGAGGACCAUCAGACGAGUCUCCUGCUGCAGCUGCUGCUGCACCUGCUGCUGCAGCUGCUGCUGCUCCUGCUGCUGCUGCUGAUGCUGAGGGUGCCACUGUGGACGAUGUAAAGCUGCAUGCAGAAGCAAGAAAGAUGGGGAGCGGGCAGCAACAACAGCAGCAGCAGCAACAGGCCAAGGCAGCGCAGCAGCAGCAGCGCCCUAAGGCAGCACAACAGCAGCAACGCCCUAAGGCAGCACAACAGCAGCAACGCCCUAAGGCAGCACAGCAGCAGCAGCAGCCUAAGGCAGCACCGCAGCAACAGCAGCAGCCUAAGGCAGCACCGCAGCAACAGCAGCAGCCUAAGGCAGCACCGCAGCAGCAGCCUAAGGCAGCACCGCAGCAGCAAUUGGAGCACCCUAAGACAGAAGAGCAGCAGCAAAAGCCAGAAGAGCAGCAGCAGCAGGAGCAGCAGCCGUUGGAGGAGACUAAGCCAACAGAGCAGCAGCAGCAGGAGCCUGAGGCAGCACCGCAGCAGCAGCAGCCUAAGCCAGCAGAGGAGCAACAGCAGCAGCAGCAGCAGCCUAAGGCAGCAGAGCAGCAGCUGCCGCGCAAGCCGUCACGGCAGCAGCAGCCUAAGGCAGCACAAAAGCAACAGCAGCAGUCGGAGGAACCUAUGUCGACAGAGCAGCAGCAGCAGCAGCAGCAUAAGCCAGAGCAGCAGCAGCAGCAGCAGAAGUUGGAGGAGGAGGCUAAGCCAACAGAGCAGCAAGAGCAGCAGAAGCCAGAGCAGCAGCAGAAGCAGCAGUUGGAGGAGGAGGCUAAACCAACAGAGCAACAGCAGCAGCAGAAACCAGAGCAGCAGCAGCAGCAGCAGAAGUUGGAGGAGGAGGCUAGGCCAACAGAACAACAGCAGGAGGAGCAGCAGCAGCCCAAAGCAGGGGAGACUGCGCCAACAGAGCAGCAGCAGCAUGAAGCAGCAGAGCAGCAGCAGCAUGAAGCAGCAGAGCAGCAGCAGCAGCAGCAGCAGCAGAAAUUGGAGCAGCCUGAAACGCCUGAGCAGCAGCAGCAGCAGCAGCAGCAGGAGCAGCAGCAGCAGCAAGAAGAGCAGCAAGAGAAGCACCAUCAUCAUCAUCAUCAUCAUCAUGAGCAACAUCAGCAUCAUCAUCAUCAUCAUGAACAGGAGCAGCAGGAGCAGCAGGAGCAGCAGGAGCAGCAGGAGCAGCAGGAGCAGCAGGAGCAGCAUGAGCAGCAUGAGCAGCAGCAGCAGCAGCAGGAGCAGGAGGAGGGGGAGGAAGAAGAGGGUACAUUUGCUUCUUAUAUGACUUAUGGAUUAACAGGACUAAGAAGAUUAUUUACAGGGGAAGUCUUCUUCUCCCCUACAUAUACACAAGAAGAAGAAAAAAAAAAAGAAAAAGAAGAAAAAAAAGAAAAGGAAGAAGAAAAAGAAAAAGAAGAAAAAGAAGAAAAAGAAAAAGAAAAAGAAAAAGAAGAAAAAGAAGAAAAGGAAGAAAAAGAAAAAGAAGAAAAGGAAAAAGAAGAAAAAGAAAAGGAAAAAGAAAAAGAAGAAAAAGAAAAAGAGGGAGCCCAGGAGGAAGCAGCAGCAGCAGCAGCAGCAGCAGCAGAAGCAGAAGCAGGCAAUGAGGAGCAAGGGGCCCCUGAAGGAGAGGAAGGGGAGGCCCCUAUAGAAGAAAUAGAGGGGCCCCCCACGGUAGAGGAGCCCCCUGAUGAAGGGGAGGGGAACCCCCAGGUAGAGGAGCCCCCUGAUGAGGAGGAGGAGUGGGGCCCCCAGGAAGAGGACCCUAAGGAAGAGGGGCCCCCUGAAGGGGACGACGGGGGCCCCCAGGUAGAGGAGAUCGAUGAAAAAGAAGAAGAAAAAGAGGAGGGCCUCGAGGUAGAGGAGAUCGUUGAUGCAGGAGAGGGGGGCCCCCAAGAAGAGGAGGCCCCUAAGGGAGCAGAGGGGGGCCCCCAAAAGGGAGAAGAGGGGGGCCCCCAGGAAGAGGAGGCCCCUAAAGUAGCAUCGGAGGAGGUCGUCACUACAGAGGAAGGGGCCCCUAAGGAAGAAGAAGGGGCCCCUAAGGAAGGGGAAGGGGCCCCUAAGGAAGAGGAAGGGGGCCCUAAGGAAGAAGAAGGGGGCCCUAAGGAAGAGGAAGGGGCCCCUAAGGAGGAGAGCACAGAGAGUAAAGAUAAUAAGAAGGGCAUAAAAGGAAAAGAGGGUACAGAGGGGCCCCUAUUAAAGAAAGGGUCCUCGGGGGCCCUAAGCCCUAAACGUAGCAGCAGGACGCGGGCCCCCGCAGCAGAAAGCAGCGGCGGGGGGGGCCCCCUAAAUAGUACCCAUGCAGCAGCAAAGAACAACACGACACAAACCCCAAGGGCAAAGGCUGCUGCAGGGGGCCCCCAAGCAGCAGCAGCAGCAGGAAGCCCCCAGCAGGGACAGGGGCCCAACCGUAUAAGGAGGGCUCCCUCAGGACCUGGGGCCCCAAAGGGGGGCCCCAAGGGGGCCCCAAUGAGGGCCCGCAGUACCUCUUCCCCUACAGCAAAGAAAUCCAUAGAAGGAAAGGUACAGGCAUCAACAGAGAGAGGAGGAAGAGGAGAAGAAGAAAAAGAAGAAGAAAAAGGAAGAAAAGAAGAAAUAAAAGAAGAAGAAGGAAGAAAAGAAGAAGAAAAAAAGGAAGAAAAAAAAGAAGGAAUAAAGAAAGGGGCAAUGGCAACAGCUAAGACAAACAUAAGGAGUAAAUCUAAUAGAUGGAGAUAA